AUGAAAGCGAAGUGCCUGCUAUUUGUUCUGGAAAUUAUUGUAAUGGCCUGCGUGGCGCAGGCCGAGACAUGUCGCGUUAAUACCAGUGAUACAGGUGAGUCUAUUUCCUUGGAGUAUCUUUCAAAUUAUGGGAAUGUUUCGGUUAUGCUUGGUGACGUGAAAAUUGAUCUUGGGGUGAGCUUCUGUUGGCCAAAAAAGUUUAGCGCGUUUGGUGAGGAAUGUGACUUUGGGUAUAUGAUUAUAUACGAGAAGGGUUGUGAGGGUACUUUUACUCAUUCAGAUAAUGUAAGUCUCGAAAAUGAUACUCUUUUCUUUACUAUUCGAUCUCCAAAUACAUUGAUGGCGGAUGUUUAUGUUGAAUGCGAUGAGUCUAUAAAUGGUUUACGUGCUUUAUCUGCCAAUGAGACGGAAAUCACGAAAUACGUAUUUCGUUUUGCGUCCACGACUGUGUGUCCGGGGUAUCAACCUCCAGGAAGAGACAAAUUCCCGUCAAAAGGUUUUCUUAUUACUAUUGUUACAGGAAUUGUCGGUGUUGUUGUUGUGGCAGCUGCCCUUUUUCAGUGGAAGUCUAGAAGCCCUUCAGUUGAGGAUUAUAGUCAGCUUAUAUAG